GCCCCCCCAAAAAAGUGUUUUGUCACGUAAAUCCAAAAAUAUAUUUGUUAGGGUUUACAGUGCAUGACUUAAAAUAUUCAUUAUAAAUACUAUAAAUUAAACAAAUCAGAAAAGUUAAAUCAAUUUUAAGAAAGCUUGUGCAGAUGCUAAUUUCCUUUCCAAUGUUAUGGAUAUGAAAUAUGUCACUGGAUGACAACAGUGUCUUGAAGGUCCUAAAGUGUUCACUGCAUUUGGGGGCAUUAUUCUCGAGCAGUGCUGUUUCUGCAUGUGAACAGAAAGCAUCUCUGGUGUUUUUAUGAUACGUCGGAUGUCAGUCGAGUUUUUUGUGGUUCUUAUUCUCAUUUCAUGUUCAUGCUGCUGACCUGCUUUCAUGUUGUAACUUGUGUGCGUUACUUCAAAGCAACUUUAAGAGCGGAACCUAUCUCUGCUAGACUUCAAGAGCUUUAACCAUCACCACGAGCGAGCGAGGAAGACUCGUGCGCUCUCAUUUAAAGACUCCAGCUGCUGUUUUCAUUGAAGUUGGAUCUAUCGUUUAUCAAUUAGUCGUUUUCUUCGUGCUCAGACUAAUUUUGUACUGAAGGAGGUCUAUUAUUCAAGACCGACUCUGUGCCCAGCUUUGGCAUGGAUCGACGGUGCACUAUGAUAGUUGUUCUUUUACUCACUGGAGCUUUGAUCAGCAGUACAAGUCCAGAGGAACUCCAAGUCAAUUUAGAGCCAAAGUACAUUAAAGUCUGUGAAGGAGACUCAGUCACAUUCAACUGCACUUUUCAGCCCGGUGGAAAUUAUAAACUGAAGUGGUACUACAGUCCUACUGAUUUAGACUGUAAUUCUGAAACAAAAGGAUUACUCGAAAAAUGGCAUAAUAAAACAGAAAACUUACCCUGGUCAAUCUUCACCAUUAAUUCCAUCAAACUCAAUGAGAGUGGAUGGUACUUCUGCAAGGUUACGAGAGAUAUUCCUUUUCUAGAAGAAAAAUGCAGUUAUGGAACACAAGUUCUGGUCGAUGCCAAAAACACCACUGCAAAUACAGCACAGCCACAGAUGCAGAAAACUACACAAAAUCUAACGACACAAGAUCCCCCAACAACUUGCUCGAUCAUUGCCACAACAAUCCCAACAACAACCAUCCCUCCACCGCCCAACGACGUUCCGUGGUGGAUAUGGCUAGCGUUGGCAGCUGGAUGCGUCGUGCUACUUGUGUCAAUAGUUGUCGUAUGGAUCUUGACUCGCAAACCUGAAGAGAACAUCUAUGAGAACACCAAACCAGUGGAAUCGAGCUGCUGGAGGCGAAACCAGACCAAAGUGGACAUCUGCGACGUGCAGUCCAAAAAAACUGAUACCAUUAAACCGCUGAGGAAGUACGACACUCUUUCAAGCAACAGAAUCUGUAGGCCAUAAGUAUUACAUAUGACAGAAAUAUCCCCUGAAAACACAUUAAAUAUCUGAUUUCAAAUGCCUUACCAUGGACACAAAUUUAAUUUUGUAAUGUAGCAUUUCCCCGAGAUGGGAAGAUGUAAAUAUUUCUUUUUUUGUUUCUUUCAUUUUUUGUCAGAAAGAGAUACACGAGAAACCCUGCUAUUUUUCCUUUAAUGACUUUCAGUUGUAUCAUACUGAAACAUUCUGUGGUUACAAAUACAUGUGAAAAACAACGAAAAAAAAGAAAAAUCUGCUACGCUCCUUUUCCACUCGCAAUUAAUAAAGCAUAUUAGUGUGACUGUACAAGUAGGUCUAUGGCAUUUCAGAACCAACAUGAAGAUGAAUCGACCAUGAUUAGAAAACAAACCACAUAGCCUACUGUGAGAGUGGCAAAUGGGAGAAGAAAAUAAGGAAUUGAGCUGUUUCAUAGUUAUGAAACAUUAAUUCUUAUGUACUCAUUAAAGGAACUGAGAAUUUUCUUUGAACACCCGUUUCUACAUAACUCUUACUCUUACUUGGGUUAGAUGCCAUUUUGAAUUUAA